CCUAAAACACAAAACUCAUCCCAUGUGAUUGGUUGUGGCUCAGCAUGCUCUAUUGUGCCCCGGGGCCGUUUGUUCGCCUAGUUUCCGACACACAAACAAAACUUUCCUGUCAGCCUGGGCAAUAUUGGGCUCCGGAGUGCUUUGACAACCCCCUUGUAAUAUUGGAAUCUCUGACUUUUUCUCUAAAGGGAUAAUAAAGAAAAACAGAGAGAACAGAAGAGAGAGGACAGAAAAGAGAUGACAGAAGAGAGAGGACAGAAGAGAAACAGAUCAGUCAUGUCAGGUGUGCUUGGCAGGAUGUACAGCUUCAUGGGCGGUGGGUUGUUCUGCGCUGGAGUCGGGAACAUACUCCUUAUUAUCUCCACAGCAACCGAUUACUGGAUGCAGUACCGUCAAUCCAACAACUAUAUGCAUCAGGGCCUGUGGCGCUACUGUGUGCCUGGGAAAUGCAUGACACACACAGAUAGCAUUGCGUACUGGGAUGCCACCCGUGCCUUUAUGAUCCUCUCCCUGCUGGCCUGCUUCAUUGGCAUCGUGAUCGGCGUCAUGGCUUUCAUACGCUCCUCCUCCUUCAGUGGGUUUGACAAGACCUUUGCUGCCGGCAUCCUCUUCUUCAUCUCCUGCUUUUUUGUGCUGCUGGCAAUGGCUGUGUACACUGGGGUGACUGUGAAUUACUACGGGAAACGAUACGGGAACUGGCGUUUCUCCUGGUCCUACAUCAUGGGUUGGGUAGCAGUGGUCCUCACCUUCUUCUCAGGCAUCUUCUACAUGUGUGCCUACAGGAUGCAUGAAUGCCCAAGAAACUCCAACUCACGCUGAUCUGACAAAAACACACAGUUCACACCUGGGUUUACACACCUAACUACGUAAUUUCCUGUUUAGCUGACCACUAUUGAAUAAGCAUAAUAAAAAGGGUAAAACCAA